AAUCAAAAAACACAGCGAUCAAAAGUCUUCUUCUGAAUCUGUGAUCUCAAAGAAGCAAAAAGCAUGGCGACUUUUGAUGACGGAGAUUUCCCAGCUCAAACCCAUUCUCCGUCUGAACAUGACGACUUUGGUGGCUACGAUAAUUUCUCCGAAGCCCAGCAACCUCCGACUCAACAUCAAUCCGGUGGAUUCUCUUCUUUCAAUGGUGAUGGAGCUUAUGGAUCUGAGAAUCCUGCUUCCCCAAAUGGAUAUGGAUUUGGUGCUUCCUCACCUAACCAUGACUUUUCCUCGCCUUUUGAAUCUUCCGUUAACGAUGCUAACGGAAACGGCGGCGGAAGCGGUGAUGCGAUCUUUGCUUCUGAUGGUCCGAUUCUUCCAGAUCCAAAUGAGAUGCGGGAGGAGGGUUUCCAACGCCGUGAGUGGCGCCGUCUGAACACCAUUCACCUUGAGGAGAAGGAAAAGAAAGAGAAGGAGAUGCGGAAUCAGAUCAUAACUGAAGCAGAGGAAUACAAGAAAUCCUUCUAUGAGAAAAGAGAGAAGACCAUUGAGACCAACAAGACUGAUAACCGCGAAAAGGAGAAGCUAUACUGGGCUAACCAAGAGAAGUUCCACAAAGAAGUUGACAAGCAUUACUGGAAAGCAAUUGCAGAGCUAAUCCCUCGUGAGGUUCCCAACAUCGAGAAGAAGAGAGGGAAAAAGGAUCCGGACAAGAAACCAUCAGUGAAUGUUAUCCAGGGUCCUAAACCUGGGAAGCCAACUGACCUAGGGAGAAUGAGACAGAUAUUCUUGAAGCUCAAGACAAAUCCCCCACCCCACAUGAUGCCGCCUCCUCCUCCAGCCAAAGAUGCCAAAGAUGGGAAGGAUGCCAAAGAUGGCAAAGAUGCAAAAGCUGGGAAAGAUGGGAAGGAUGCAAAAGCUGGGAAAGACGCCAAGGACUUAAAAGAUGGGAAACCUGCAGAUCCAAAGGUGACAGAGGAAAAAACUGCUUCACCUGCCAAAGACGCAAGUGUUGAAACAGCGAAACCUGAUGCUGCUGCCUCGGUAGAGGGAGAGAAACCUGUGGCUGUAGCUGAGGCUGAGGGAGCCAAGGCAGAGUGAAGGAGAAGGGUCUUUAGUAAUACUGAUGGGGGAUUAUUUGAUAUUGAAGUCACAAUAGCUGCGGGCGAAAUAAGAAGAGGUAAGUUAU